AUGGCCAGCAAAGCCGCCUACAAACGGCUAACGAAAGAAUAUCUCAACCUCCAACACUCCCCACCCCCCUACAUCUCCGCACACCCCUCCGACCGCAACAUCCUCGAAUGGCACUUCAUCAUCACCGGUCCCCCCUCAACCCCCUACGCCAACGGCCAAUAUCACGGAACCCUCGUCUUCCCCCCCGAAUACCCCUUCAAACCCCCCGCAAUUCGAAUGCAUACACCAAGUGGUCGCUUCGUGAUUAAUUCGAGGAUUUGCCUGAGUAUUAGUGAUUUCCAUCCGAAGAGUUGGAAUCCGUCAUGGACUGUUGGUACGAUUUUGGUUGGGUUGGUUAGUUUUAUGACGGGGGAGGAGGUUACCACGGGGAGUAUGAAUACGACGGUCGAACAACGGAAGGUGUAUGCUGCUCAGAGCAGAGCGUAUAAUGCGAGGAGUCAGAAAUUUGUGGAGGAGUUUCCGGAGGAGACGGCGGAGAAUUUGAGAAUGAUCGCGGAGCAGGAAGCGGAAGCCCGCGUCGCCAAAUUCGCUGCUGCGAUGAACGGUGCCACUACCACCGCAGAUGGAGCUAUUGCACCAGCCGGACCGGCGCAUGGACAAGCAAGAGUCGGAGGUAUCGGCUGGAGCGGGAAGAAAAUGGCGAUUGUUGCGUUGGUUGUUGGGUAUAUCGUCUUGGCGAAAUUCAUGGCAUGAGUCGGACUCAAAAGAGGAGAAAGAGUGUUUGCGGGUUUUUGGGGAGUUGCAUUGGUUAUUCGGUAUGGAGUUUCCCGUCUUCAUUCAGGUUGC